AUGCGGCUUAACAAAGCUGUGGCUUCGGCCAUCUUCUCCUCCACCCUUCUUGCUGGUUCCGCAUGUGCUCAGGAUGAGCCUGCGGCCGAGUCCUCCACUACUGUUGCGAAGCCUACUUUCACCCCUACCACCCUUAAAGCCCCCUUUCUUGAACAGUUCACUGAUGAUUGGGACUCGAGAUGGACACCGUCGCAUGCCAAAAAGGAAGACUCGAAGACCGCUGAGGAUUGGGCAUACGUGGGAGAAUGGGCAGUCGAAGAGCCAUCAGUGCUGCCGGGUAUGAUCGGUGACAAGGGGCUCGUGGUGAAGAAUCCAGCUGCGCACCAUGCUAUCUCUGCCAAAUUUCCCAAGACGAUAGAUAAUAAAGGGAAGACGCUAGUUGUGCAGUACGAGGUUAAGCUUCAAAACGGACUAGAGUGUGGAGGUGCAUAUAUGAAGCUGCUCAAGGACAACAAGGCUUUACAUGCUGAGGAAUUUUCAAACGCGUCUCCUUACGUGAUCAUGUUCGGGCCCGACAAGUGCGGUGCGACAAACAAGGUCCACUUCAUUUUCAAGCACAAGAACCCCAAGACUGGUGAAUAUGAAGAGAAGCAUCUCAAGAGUCCUCCUGUAGCCAAAACCGCCAAAGUAUCUACCCUUUACACUUUGAUCGUGAAGCCCGACAACACCUUCGAAAUGCUUGUGGACAAUGCUUCGAUGAAGAAUGGAAGCCUCCUAGAAGACUUCUCACCAUCCGUCAACCCUGAGAAGGAAAUCGAUGACAAGGACGACAAGAAACCAGAAGACUGGGUUGACCAAGCUCGAAUUCCCGAUCCGGAUGCCAAGAAGCCUGACGACUGGGAUGAAGAUGAGCCUUUUGAGAUUCUCGACGAGGAGGCUACAAAACCUGACGAUUGGCUUGAGGACGAACCAACCAGUAUUCCUGAUCCCGAAGCUGAGAAGCCAGAAGAUUGGGAUGACGAGGAGGAUGGUGACUGGAUUCCACCUACCGUUCCCAACCCCAAAUGUGAAGAAGCUUCUGGCUGCGGCAAAUGGGAGCCACCAAUGAAGAAGAAUCCGAAGUACAAAGGCAAAUGGACGCCCGAGUAUAUUGACAACCCAGCCUACAAGGGCGUUUGGGCUCCACGAAAGAUCCCCAAUCCGGACUACUUUGAAGACAAAACACCUGCCAACUUUGAGCCCAUGGGAGCAAUUGGUUUCGAAAUCUGGACCAUGCAAAAGGAUAUCCUUUUUGACAACAUCUACAUUGGUCAUUCAGUUGAAGAUGCUGCGGCUUUCCGAAAGGAGACAUGGGAUGUCAAACGUCCGGCCGAGGAUGCCGAAGAAGCCGCAUCGAAGCCGAAGCUAGAGGACAAGCCGAAAUCUCCGAUGGAUCUCGUUUUCAAGGAUGACCCCGUCAAAUAUGUCAAAGAGAAACUUGAGCUAUUUAUCACAAUCGCCAAGAAGGAUCCCCUGGAAGCCAUUCGCUUCUUGCCUGAAGUCGCUGGUGGCAUUGGCGUGGCAGUGGUUACGGUUCUGGCUCUUCUGAUCGGUGCAAUUGGACUUGGCAGCUCGUCGGCCGCUCCAUCGAAAGAUGACAUGAAGAAGACGGCUGAAAAGGUCAAGGAGAAAGUUGUGGAGGCAAAGGACCAAGCCGUUGAUGCAGCCAGCUCUGGCGUGGAAACUGCUAAGGCUGAAAUCAAUAAGAGGACGACACGGUCCAGUGGCGCCGCAGAGUAG